UGCGUACACGCCUCCCGCCUGACAACCAAGCAGGAAAUCCUCCUCCUGUAGUUUGGAAGGGGCAAAUAAAGUCAAAUAUAGUGGAAACAUGGCAUCCGAGAUACCAGAUCCUCCUGCUGGUGAUGGGCUGUCGGACCCAGAGGAGGAGGAGAAGAGGGCCGCGGCGGCUGCCCUAGAGGCCAACCAGCAGCCAGAGCUGAGGGUGGUGCUGCUGGGCUGGAGGUGGCCUGGCAAGAGCCUGACGGGGAACACCAUCCUUGGGCGGGAGGACUUCCGGCUGGAGAGGGCGGCCGAGUUCUGCGUUAAGAGGGAGACGGAGGUGGCCGGGCGCAGGGUGGUGGUGGUGGACACGCCGGGCUGGUUCUCCUCCCAGGACACGCCGGCGGUGUACCAGCAGGAGAUCGUGCGGGGGGCCUCCAUGUGCCCCCCGGGGCCACACGCCUUCCUGCUUGUGAUCCCUGUGGGCAUGUUCACCGAGGUGGAUCGGGCGCGGGUGGAGGAGCACCUGGCCCUGUUCGGGGAGAACGUGUGGCGUCACACCCUGGUGGUCUUCGCCUGGGCCGAGGUGCUGAAGACCAUCUCCAUCGAGAGGCACAUCCGCAGGGAGGGCAGGGACCUGCAGCAGGUGGUGGAGCGCUGCAAGAACAGGUACCACGUCAUCAACAACAACAUCUUCGGGGAGCACCCCCAGGUGCCCCGCCUCCUGGAGAAGAUCGAGAAUAUGGUGGCGGAGGAGGGGGGCUUGUACAUCGCAGGCGCCGUGGAGAAGAAGCCGCUCAACCAGAACGUGGUGGAGCGGGACCUUGGAGCCAGGCCCAAGCAGAACAACACCCUGGGCUUAGUCAAAAACAUGGAGGUGUAUCCGCCACAUCAGUCAGGUGACAGGAAGAACAGCAAAGCUGAAACGAACAAGACACAGUGACCUUGACCAUGAUGUCUUCCAGUGGCCAGCGUCACAAGUUGGAACAACUGAUAGAGCGGACCUGACGAGCCACAGAAAUUAUUGGAAAGAGGUCUUGGAGAGUAGUAUGUACAAUGGAGCACAUGGUCUGGUGAUAGUGCUUUUGGAUUUCAGUCUCCCACAGACAACCCCUCCCCCUCAAAUAUUAUUAUUAUUUUCAAAAAUAAUUAUAUUUAUUACUUGGAAUAUGGUUGUCAUUUCAGCCAUAUGUGAUCUUAGCAGACAGUUGUUUUAUUAUGUAAUUAAGUAUGUAUGAAUACAGUUGAUGGAAAACCUACUGUAAAUCUGAUCCUUAAAAGUAGAACAGCAACACUUGGUACAGUGCUGUCAGCGUCACAUUAAAACACUCCAGUCUGGUAUGACUACCUCAUUGGCCUUACUGGAGUCUAUUGCUGUAACUGAAUGGAGCAGGACCGAAAGUACUUUGAGGUUUUAAGUGCCUUAUUCUACCCACCUACAGCAGCCUUUCAGUGUGUUAUGGAAGUGUAACAGCCCUUCUGAACGCCAGAGACAAGUUGAGACUUCUCACACUGACAGAAUUUACACUGCAAAAAGUCUGUUUUGACAACUGCUUUAGUCUUGAGUGAGACUUAAAAUCUUACUUCUUCUCUCAAGUAGAAAAUAUGGACUUGUUUUAAGUUACAGUUUGCUUGACAAGCAAAAUUUUCUUACACCAAUGGAAAAUCUUGAAAUCAAACUGUCUCACCUGAUUCGCACUAGUUUUGUCUCAUUUAGCAAAAAAGUUAUAGAUAUAAGAGUGUAAAUUCAAGUUUAAAACUAAAAUGCUUGUUGAGAUUGACCUAUUUUUUUGUAGUGUACUGCUAGGUUACAUUCCAUCAGCAGCAGUGAUUGUGGAUACUUCUACAAGGUACUUUUACCAAACACAAGAACAAUUCAGGCAUCUUUUAGCCUACAACCUUCUUUACAAACAAUCCAGUGGUAUAUGUGAAGUAACCAGAGGAAGAGAUGUCCAAAGAUAAACUAAUCUGGGAAUGCUGGAACAGAGCUAUACCAAGGCAUGUAAGCAAAGAGAACUGCACACUAAUCACAUUAUGCACAUAUUGGUUUCUCGUGUCUCCCCAUAUUGGAAAGCUAUUUUGAACUUUUUCUUGGUUAUUAUUGAUACAUUGAUGGUUUAUUUUGGUCUGGGGUCAGUAAAACGUGCCCUAUGCUUGGUGAAAACGGUGUCCUGUUGAAUUUUGGUUAUGUGUUGUACCAAACUAAGGAAUCGCUGCUGAAUAAUACUUGAAUAAAAUUCAAGGAAAGAGUGUGGUGACCUGAUGGCAUGAAGUUUCUCAUCUCUGUGGGCUAUAAGCCCAUCUGACAGCACUACAGUUGUCGGCUUCAUUGAUCUAAUGUCCACCUUAGUAUGUUCCAUUGUAGCAUACUAGUGUGGACAUUGGAGAUAUGCCGAAACAAAGGCUUGCUUGGUUUACCUUAUAAAACUAGAGUAACCGCAAUAUAUCGACACAAUCGCAGGAGUUUUUAGACAGUGUAUCAAAGAUGGUGACCAAAAAUGAAAUAAGGUUCCAUAUCAGAUUUCAUCAAAAUGAGUGUCACUGUGCAAUUGUUUUAGUUUGUGACCGCUUUUUAUUAAAUAUUUAAAUAUUUAAAAGUACACCAUACACAUUAAUAUUUGAGUGAUUUCGUGUUUCUGAAAGAAGCUGAUUGCUUGCUUGUGAAUUGCCAUUUUAUACAGAAGAUUAAAGCAAGAGGACGUAGUUUCACUCAUUUAUCAGCAACUUAUUUGUUCACCUUUGUUUGUCAACUAGUUUUUAUUGAAAAUAAAUAAUUUAGAUAGACAGUGUAACCCAAACCGAAGGCUAGUAAUUGAUACCCAUGGCUGCGAAUGUGAUCAUUGACGCUACUUGACACCAAGCGGCACGCAAUGCCAUGCCUGUUAACAAAAUCAAAGUAGUUACACACACGUUAGUAAACCUUUAUGUGCAGCACUGUUGAAGAAAUAUCCACAGUAGAAGUUCCACUUCAUCAAAUACCCACCAAGGAUAACAUGUUACGAGCUCCGCUUACAGUUCUGUACGCUAUCAAGAAAUCUAGUUCAGUACUCUGUAUAUUACUAGAAUUUGAGUCAUAGCACAGGCUUAGCAAUUGCUAAGUAAAAGCUUGGUUUUUGCUGGGGUUUUUACAAUCUGUUUUUUGUGCUCUUUACCAUUUGUAGAGUGAUGUGAGGGGAUAGUGAGGGACAUGAGUUCUGAAGAAUGUAGUUUCAUAUUUAUGCUGACAACUAUAUGCAAUGAUAUGAAUGUAGGAUGAAAUGUUUCUGUGGCAUACUGUGUAAUAUUUUAAGUUGUUUUUGGCUGAUACUUUAUGUGUGAAAAUGUACCUUCUGGUUCUAAAAUUCUGGUAUGAAGUAUAGCAAAGUAAACUUGUUUAUUGGAGGAAUAAUUGCACCAAAGAUGUAGUGAAUUGGGUGGAUGGUACCUAAAGCUUUCUACACAUAAUGUUUAGUCUGACAACAAAAUACUUUUGUUUCAAAUAAUAGUAAUGCCUUGUUGAAGCCUCCAAUGGCUUUGGAUGAACUUAUAUUUCUAUAUUGUACUGUACUUUGCUGUACUUUUAUUUUUCGAAUGCAUUUUCAUGACAAUGUAUGUUUUCUAUUGUCAAAUAAAUGAGAACCAAUUAAUUCAU